GCCCAGAGCUGAUCUAUGCGGCGCUUGGAGGGGCUGUGUCUGCGGCGGCGGCGGCGGCGGCGGGGCCCUGCCCGCGAGCGGAGCGGGGACAAGAUGAAGUACCAGAAAUACCUGACGGUGCUGCAGAUGGCCAUCGGCGUCACCCCCUCCAACCGCGGCAGCCUGCUGCCGCUCAAGAGGAAGCUGUGGGUCACGCCAUCCUCUGAAAAUCCCAAUGGUGCUACUUCUAGUGUCAGCCAAGGAAAACCUUCUUUACGGCGAAUUAAAGGGAGACUGCACAGGAGCAAAAGCCUUGACAGCAUGGAUUUCUGUGAAUUCACUAGCACAACAAUGGAGGAAACUGCUAUAUGGGAACAGCACACAGUGACGCUUCACAGGGCUCCAGGAUUUGGAUUUGGAAUUGCAAUCUCCGGUGGAAGAGAUAACCCUCAUUUCCAAAGUGGGGAGACCUCAAUAGUAAUUUCAGAUGUGCUGAAAGGGGGACCAGCAGAAGGACAGCUACAGGAAAAUGACCGAGUUGCGAUGGUUAAUGGGGUCUCAAUGGAUAACGUCGAGCAUGCAUUUGCUGUCCAACAACUAAGGAAAAGUGGGAAAAAUGCAAAAAUUACCAUUCGACGAAAGAAGAAAGUUCAAAUACCAGUAAGAUGUCCCGAUCCUGAACCGGUGUCUGAGAAUGAGGAAGACAGUUAUGAUGAAGAAGUACAUGACCCAAGAAGUAGCCGUGGUGGUGUGGCUAAUAGAAGGAGUGACAAGAGUUGGACGAGGGACAGGAGUGCAAGUAGAGAGAGGAGUUUGUCCCCACGAUCGGAUAGGCGCUCUGUGGCCUCCAGCCAGCCUGCCAAACCCACCAAAGUCACACUAGUGAAAUCCCGGAAAAAUGAAGAAUAUGGUCUUCGACUGGCCAGCCAUAUAUUUGUAAAAGAAAUUUCACAAGACAGCUUGGCAGCAAGAGAUGGCAAUAUUCAAGAAGGCGAUGUUGUAUUGAAGAUAAAUGGUACUGUGACUGAAAAUAUGUCAUUGACAGAUGCAAAGACACUGAUAGAAAGGUCAAAAGGCAAAUUAAAAAUGGUAGUUCAGAGAGAUGAACGGGCUACCCUGUUGAAUGUCCCCGAUCUUUCAGACAGCAUCCACUCCGCGAAUGCCUCAGAGAGAGAUGACAUUUCAGAAAUUCAGUCGUUGGCAUCAGAUCAUUCCGUACGAUCACAUGACAGGCCUCCCCGCCACAGCCGAUCGAGGUCUCCUGACCAGCGGUCAGAGCCUUCUGACCACUCCCGACAUUCUCCACAGCAGCCCAGCAACGGCAGCCUUCGGAGCAGAGAGGAAGAAAGAGUUUCCAAACCUGGAGUUAUCUCCACUCCUGUAAAGCAUGUGGAUGAUCAUACACCUAAAGCAGUAGAAGAAGCUGUUGUUGAAAGGAAUGAGAAACUGACACCUACUCUUCCAGAACCAAAGCCUGUGUAUGCUCAAGUUGGACAACCAGAUGUGGAUUUACCGGUCAGCCCUUCUGAUGGCGUUCUGCCUAAUUCAACUCAUGAAGAUGGAAUCCUUCGGCCCAGCAUGAAACUAGUGAAGUUCAGAAAAGGAGACAGUGUGGGUUUGCGACUAGCUGGUGGAAAUGAUGUUGGAAUAUUUGUAGCUGGUGUCCUAGAAGAUAGCCCUGCAGCCAAAGAAGGUUUGGAAGAGGGUGAUCAAAUUCUCAGGGUAAACAAUGUAGACUUCACAAAUAUCAUAAGAGAAGAAGCUGUCCUUUUCCUGCUCGAUCUACCUAAAGGAGAAGAAGUGACCAUACUGGCCCAGAAGAAGAAGGAUGUUUACCGUCGCAUCGUAGAAUCAGAUGUAGGAGAUUCUUUCUAUAUUAGAACUCACUUUGAAUAUGAAAAGGAAUCUCCCUAUGGAUUGAGUUUUAACAAAGGCGAGGUGUUUCGUGUGGUGGAUACCUUGUACAAUGGAAAACUGGGUUCUUGGCUUGCUAUUCGCAUUGGCAAAAAUCAUAAGGAGGUAGAACGAGGCAUCAUCCCCAAUAAGAACAGAGCUGAACAGUUAGCCAGUGUACAGUAUACACUUCCAAAAACAGCAGGGGGAGACCGCGCCGACUUCUGGAGGUUCCGGGGUCUCCGAAGUUCCAAGAGAAAUCUUCGAAAAAGCAGAGAGGAUUUGUCAGCUCAGCCCGUUCAAACAAAAUUUCCCGCGUAUGAAAGAGUUGUUCUUCGGGAAGCUGGAUUUCUAAGGCCUGUAACCAUCUUUGGACCAAUUGCUGAUGUUGCCAGAGAAAAGUUGGCAAGAGAAGAGCCAGAUAUUUAUCAGAUUGCAAAAAGUGAACCACGAGAUGCUGGAACUGACCAACGUAGCUCUGGCAUUAUUCGCCUCCACACAAUAAAGCAAAUAAUAGACCAAGACAAACAUGCUCUACUAGAUGUAACACCAAAUGCAGUCGACCGCCUGAAUUACGCCCAGUGGUAUCCAAUUGUAGUAUUCCUUAACCCUGAUUCUAAGCAAGGUGUGAAAACAAUGAGAAUGAGGUUGUGCCCGGAAUCUCGGAAAAGUGCCAGGAAAUUAUAUGAGCGGUCUCAUAAACUUCGUAAAAAUAAUCACCAUCUUUUUACAACUACAAUUAACUUAAACUCAAUGAAUGAUGGUUGGUAUGGUGCAUUGAAAGAAGCAAUUCAACAACAGCAGAACCAGUUGGUCUGGGUUUCUGAGGGGAAGGCGGAUGGUGCUACAAGUGAUGACCUUGAUUUGCAUGAUGAUCGUCUGUCCUACCUGUCAGCCCCAGGUAGUGAAUACUCAAUGUAUAGCACGGACAGUAGACACACUUCUGACUAUGAAGACACAGAUACAGAAGGCGGGGCCUACACUGAUCAAGAACUAGAUGAAACCCUUAAUGAUGAGGUGGGGACUCCACCGGAGUCUGCCAUUACACGGUCCUCUGAGCCUGUGAGAGAGGACUCCUCUGGAAUGCAUCAUGAAAACCAAACAUAUCCUCCUUACUCACCACAAGCGCAGCCACAACCAAUUCAUAGAAUAGACUCCCCUGGAUUUAAAACAGCCACUCAACAGAAAGCAGAAGCUUCAUCUCCAGUCCCUUACCUUUCGUCUGAAACAAACCCAGCAUCAUCAACCUCUGCAGUUAAUCAUACUGCAAAUGUCACUCAUGUCAGACUGGAGGAGCCCACCGUGGCUCCUCCCACCACUUACCCACCACAAGCUGACUCUGUAAGAACACCAGGCACUGAGGCAGCUCACAUAAUGCUAAGAGAUCAAGAAGCAUCAUUGUCGUCGCAUGUAGAUUCAACAAAGGUGUAUAGGAAGGAUCCCUACCCUGAGGAAAUGAUGAGACAGAAUCAUGUUUUGAAACAGCCAGCGGUGGGUCAUCCAGGGCAGAGGCUAGACAAAGAGCCCAGUCUGGGCUAUGAAACCCAACCCCCCUACCUAGAGAAACAAGCCAGCAGAGACCUGGAACAGCCCACAUACAGAUACGACUCCUCAAACUACACAGACCAGUUUUCUCGAAACUAUGACCAUCGUCUGUGCUAUGAAGAUCGCAUACCCACCUAUGAAGAGCAGUGGGCAUAUUUUGAUGACAAACAACCCUACCAACCUCGGCCUUCUUUUGAAAAUCAGCACCCACGAGACCUUGAUUCCAGACACCAUCCUGAAGAGUCAGAACGAGGCUAUUUCCCGCGCUUUGAAGAGCCAGCCCCUCUGUCUUACGACAGCAGACCACGCUACGACCAGCUACCCAGAACCUCCACCUUACGACACGAAGAGCCACCCACCCCUGGCUAUGACGUGCACAAUAGAUACAGGCCAGAAGCUCAGGCCUACCCUUCAGCGGGCCCCAAGGCUACAGAGCCCAAGCAGUACUUUGACCAGUACCCACGGAAUUAUGAGCAAGUAGCAUCCCAAGGACUUUCCUCCAAGGCGGGCCAUUACGAGCCUCUCCAUGGUGCUGCAGUUGUCCCUCCCCUAAUCCCUGCAUCCCAACAUAAGCCAGAAGCUCUGCCUUCCAGUAGCAAACCACUGCCUCCGCCCCCAACUAUGGCUGAAGAGGAGGAAGAUCCAGCCAUGAAGCCACAGUCCGUGCUCACUAGAGUUAAAAUGUUUGAAAACAAAAGAUCUGCAUCGCUGGAGAACAAGAAGGAUGAAAACCACAGCAUUAGUUUUAAGCCUCCAGAGGUAGCAUCUAAACCUGCAGGCGCUCCCAUCACUGGUCCUAAAGCCACUCCUCAGAAUCAGUUCAGUGAACACGACAAAACUCUGUACAGAAUCCCAGAACCUCAGAAACCUCAAGUGAAGCCACCUGAAGAUAUUGUUCGGGCAAAUCACUACGACCCUGAGGAAGAUGAAGAAUACUACCGAAAACAGCUCUCCUACUUUGACCGAAGAAGCUUUGAGAACAAACCUGCACACGUUCCUGCCAGCCACCUGCCAGAACCCGCAAAGCCGGCUCACCCUCAGAACCAAUCCAAUUAUUCUAGCUAUUCUUUGAAGGGAAAGUCCACAGAGGCGGACACCGUGGAUAGAUCAUAUGGGGAGAAACGGUAUGACCCGCUCCAGCCCACUCCCCCUCCGCCUCCACUGCCUUCCCAGUACAGCCAUCCUUCUCAGCCCAGCGCCAGCUCCUCUCUGGCCCUCCACACACACGCUAAGGGAGUGCAUGGGGAAGGUAAUUCAGUGGCAUUGGACUUUCAGAAUUCUUUACUGUCCAAACCUGACCCACCUCCAUCUCAGAAUAAGCCAACCAGUUUCAGACCCUCAAACCGAGAAGACACUGCACAGUCUACUUUCUAUCCCCAGAAAAGUUUCCCCGAGAAAACUCCAGUUAAUGGAGCAGAACAGACUCAGAAAACAAUCACUCCAGCAUACAGCCGAUUCACGCCGAAACCAUACACAAGUUCUGCCCGACCGUUUGAACGCAAGUUUGAAAGCCCUAAAUUCAAUCACAAUCUUUUGCCAAGUGAACCAUCACAUAAGCCUGACCUGUCUUCCAAGUCGCCUGCUUCUCCAAAAACUCUCAUGAAAGCUCACAGUUUAACACAGCCUCCUGAGUUUGACAGCGGUGUUGAGACUUUUUCUACCCAUGUGGAUAAGCCUAAAUAUCAGAUGAACAAUAUCAGCGCAGUGCCUAAAGCUAUUCCUGUGAGCCCCUCGGCCGUGGAGGAGGAUGAAGAUGAGGACGGUCACACUGUGGUGGCCACAGCCCGCGGUAUAUUUAACAGCAAUGGCGGGGUGCUGAGUUCCAUAGAAACUGGUGUCAGUAUAAUUAUUCCACAAGGAGCCAUCCCCGAGGGGAUUGAACAGGAGAUCUAUUUCAAGGUCUGCCGAGACAACAGCAUCCUCCCACCUUUAGAUAAGGAGAAAGGUGAAACCCUGCUGAGCCCCUUAGUGAUGUGUGGGCCCCAUGGCCUCAAGUUCCUGAAGCCCGUGGAGCUGCGCUUACCACACUGUGCGUCUAUGACUCCUGACGGUUGGUCUUUUGCUCUAAAAUCAUCCGACUCCUCGUCGGGUGACCCCAAAACCUGGCAAAACAAGUGUCUUCCUGGAGAUCCAAAUUACCUUGUUGGAGCAAACUGUGUUUCUGUCCUCAUUGACCACUUUUAAUUCUUAAAAUAAUAGGAACUUGAUUAAAUAAUGUGAAACUUGGGUUAAACUUACUAAAUCUAACGGAGCCACUCUAGCUAUCAAGUAUUACAUUGUCCUUAGAAUCGGCACUGCAGUGUGUGCGUAUGAUGAAGAUUUGCGCGCGUGCCCCUGAGCCGCGGUGGGAAGCAGGCCACAGGCAACCCAUCCGCGGAGGAACUGUUGGUAUUGGCCAGAGGUUCAAAGGUGUUUCACUUUGCAACAACUUUUGUACUUUUUUUUAUGGUCACUGCUUGACUUUACUUACUGAUUUCCGUUAAAAAACAAACGCAAAAACAAAAACCAGCCAGUAAAUAGGGUGCAUUUGAGUUCUCUUCUUUCCAGAGUACACGGUUUCAAACUUUAUUAUGGCCCUGGCCUGGCAUACACAUCUUAUUUUAUUAUGCAUGAGAUAAUAUGCACACACACUUUUUUUUUUAAUGCACCUGGAAAUAUAUAUAACCAGUGUAGUGGGUUUAAGAGAAAUGUACAGCAGGGGGAAUUUAUAGCUUCUGGGGGGUGGGAGGGGGACAGUGAAGACAAUUACUUAUUGUAUAUGAAAACACAUUUUUCUUAGGGAAGGACACCAAAGCUUGUGAGACUGGUUCUGUGGCCUCUUCAGAUCUUUAAAUUAACCAAGUCAGCACAGACAUACUAACCAGCAGGAAUGCCUUACCCUCAUGUUUUUAAUCCUUAAAUCACCCUCUCUCUGUGUUACUAAGUCUUUAUGGCUUUUGUGCACACUUAGAUACUGUAUCAUGAAAAAGAAAAAUGACUGAAUUGUGGAUUUGGUGGUUUCAGAAGUGGCUGAUCACCCAGGAGUAAAUAAUGGUGUGAUUUGGGGACUUUUUUUUUUUUUUUUGGCAAGGGGCAGUGGUUGUUUUCUGUUCUUUGGGGCUAUGCAUUUAAAUUUUUUGAUGUUUUGAGGAUGCUUGUACAUAAAUGCGUGCAUACCACUUUUGUUCUUGGUUUGUAAAUUAACUUUUAUAAACUUGACCUUUUUUAUACAUAAACAAAAGCAAGUUUCUUAAGGCUACCUUUGUAUUCUCUCCUGUACCUCUCAAGCCUUGAACUUUGACCUCUGCAGCAAUAAAGCAGCAUUUCUAUGACACACACACACAAGGUCGUUUUUUUUAAAAAAAGAAGUAUGCACAGAGUUGUUACAUUUUUAAGUGCUGCAUUUAAAAAAUACAGUUACUCAGAAUUCUCUAGUUUGAUUAAACUCUUGCAAAGUAUCCCUACUGUAAUUUGUGAUACAAUGCUGUGCCCUAAAGUGUAUUUUUUUACUAAUAGACAAUUUAUUAUGGCACAUCAGCACGACUUCUGUUUAGAUGAUACACCACUACAUUCUGUUAAUCGAUCAUUAGGUGUGACUGGAUUUCUUUUUUGCAGUUAUUAAAAAAAAAAAUCUCAAAUUUCUAAAUCUGCAGAAUAAAACUUUUUAAAAUAAA